UAAGCGUUAUCUUCGUUCUUUCUUCUAGAGUCAAGACAAACCAGAGAAAUUGGAUAGUAUAGAAGAAAAAAGCGUCAAAUACUGGAAGCACAUAAUUUGGAUAGAUUGAUAAUGGCGUCACUUCAACUUUCUCUCUCUUCCACUCUUGGUAGCUGGAAGGUUUCUGCUUCUCAUUCUUGCAUCACAUUUUCUCUCUCCUCUUUUGACAUCUCUCGCCGUCUCUCUCUCAUCCACCUCGGUACAGCUGUCUCGCAGUCACAUUUGUUAGGUUUUAAGGAAUCUACACUGUCAAAACCAGAAAGAAAUAUUCUUGAGGUUGGUACAACUGGAAAUGUAGCUCAAGCAAGCCCCAUUAUCAAGGAUGAAAAUUUUGUAGAUUGGGCUAAAAAUGACAAACGAAGAUUACUUCAUGUUGUCUAUCGUGUUGGGGAUUUGGAUAAAACUAUAAAAUUCUAUACAGAGUGCUUAGGAAUGAAGGUAUUACGGCAACGAAGCAUACCAGAGGAGAAAUAUUCCAAUGCCUUCCUUGGUUAUGGACCUGAAGAGUCACAUUUUGCAGUUGAACUCACAUACAACUUUGGUGUUGACAAAUAUGACAUUGGAACUGGUUUUGGUCACUUUGGUGUUGCUGUUGAGGAUGUUGCUAAAACAGUGGAUCUUGUAAGGUCAAAGGGUGGUAAGGUUACAAUGGAUCCUGCUCUAGUCAAUGGUUCUGUUAUUGCUUAUAUAGAAGAUCCAGAUGGUUAUAAGUUUGAGCUUAUAGAAAGGGUACCUACAUUCGACCCCCUUUGCAAGGUGAUGCUUAGAGUUGGAGAACUUGAUCGUGCUAUUAGGUUUUAUAACAAGGCUUAUGGCAUGGACCUGCUCCGCAAGAUGGAUUAUCCUGAGAACAAGUAUACAAAAGCUAUUAUGGGUUAUGGUCCGGAGGAUAAAAAUGCUGUACUGGAGUUAACUUACAAAUAUGGAGUUCGUGAGUAUGACAAAGGAAAUGGUUAUGCCCAGAUUGCAAUUGGAACAGACAAUGUUUAUAAAACAGCUGAUGCAGUUAAGCUUAAUGGAGGGAAAGUUGUACUUGAUCCUGGUCCAUUGCCUGGUAUCAAUACCAAGAUAACUGCAUGCUUGGAUCCAGAUGGCUGGAAAUCAGUAUUUGUUGACAAUAUUGACUUUCUCAAGGAACUUGAGUGACCUGACCAAGAGCGUGCUCUAUAUAGAUAUGACCGGAUGUUGUGAUGCUUGGAGAUCCAUUUCAGCAUCAUGUCAAAGACUGUUGCAUGUUGUAAACAUUUUUUUUGUUAAUCGCAUGAGAGGCAAUCAGGAAUUUUAAUUUUAUGUUGCACUCAAUCAUAGAAAUUUUAGUUUUACAUCAGCCAAAUUGUAAUGUAACAUAACUCUUACAGGCAUACUUUACAUAUUAAUGUGACAAUUCAAUAAAUUUUGUAUCCCAUCAGUCCACAUGUGUUUUUCUC